UGCGGCCUCCCGGGACCCCUGCUCCUCCGCUGAGCUGGUCUCGGUGGGCGGCCGGAAGCUGCUGUUACCCCCCAGCUCUGAACGCAGCGGUCCCCUCCUCAGAGCGCGCGUCCAUCAUCCUCGCCCGGCGCGGUUUCUGCUGCGAGGGGACUUUCAGGGGGUCUGCGGUCGUUGUUUGGGUUGUUACUAAUGGGGGUAUUGCUACUGGCAACUAGAGAGUGGAGGUCAGGGAUGCUGCUCUAGGCCUGCAGUGCACAGGACGGCCCACACGCAGCCACGGGGCCCCAGACGUCAGUGGUGCCGAGGUUUAGGGCACCCUGCUCCCAGGCCUUGAAAUCUCAGAGACCCUGAGUGAACUGUUUAAAGUCAACCGAGUUACUUAUUGGAUCCCCAGCGAGGAGCCAUAUUUAGGGUGUCUGCGAGUCACCACAAACACUGUCCAGCCAAAUGGGGCGAGCGAGCACGAAACUGCUUUCUCCCACUCGGGGAGCAGAUGGCUGGAUGGGAAUUGGGAAAAUCCAGUAACAGCCAGCAAUUAUAGAUUAACCAGUGAAUACAGAAAAGAAACGUGCAUGGGGUGCCCUUUCCAUUUAACAAUUGUACUAUGCCCGGUAAAAAGCCUCAAAAGCAAUCUUUGUGCCUUUUUUUUCCCCUCCUCAGACAAGAAAAGCAUUUCUGGAGCUCAGCUUUGAUUUGAAACCAGCCUCAAGGCUCCCUUUUCCUUGCUGACUGAAGAUUUCUGUGUGACCAGGUGAGGACUGUGCAGCCUGUGACGACAGGCUCCCGCCACCUCCAUCGUGCAGAAGAACUGCUGACGAGCGUUCCUGAGCUCGGAUUGUGAACACAAGGGAUCGCUGAAGCCAGCAAUGUAGCAUCUUCCAGUCCCUCUCUCUUGCUGUCUGACAUUUCCGUCAUCACGUCUCCUUCGCUGACCCUGACGCACCCGCCUCCCUUUAUAAGGACCCUCGGGAUGACUUUGGGCCCACCUGAUGAUCCAGGAUCGUCUUCCCAUCUUAAGAUCCCUACCUUCAGCAUAUCUGCAGGUCUCUUUGCCACGGCCUCGUUCUGAGUGUGCUGUGGGAGUAGGAGGAGGAGCCUCCUGGUUCCCCCACUGCCCCGUCGUUCAGGAAAACUUACUGUCCGAAUCACAGGACUGUGGCCAUGGUUCUGUUCCCCACUUGUGUUCAGUCUCCCCUGUUUCCAACAUCUCAAAAAGGAUGCACAGAGGAGGAAGGGUUUGUUAAUGGUUUCCUGACAAGCUGGUUACUGGACUUGGUGACCUUUGAGGAUGUGGCCGUUGAGUUUACCCAGGAAGAGUGGGCUUUGCUGGACCCUUCCCAAAGGAAACUGUACAGAGAUGUGAUGCUGGAGACCUGCAGGAACCUGGCCUCACUCGGGUAUCACGUUAAUGAACCCAGCCUCAUCUCUCAUUUGGAGCAAGAAGACAAGGUGAUGGCAGAGCAAAGAGGAAUUCUCCCAGGCACCUGUCCAGAUUUGGAGACUGUACUUAAAGACAGAUGGUUAACUCCUAAGAAGCACGUUUUUAGAAAAAAACGUUCUAAUGGUAUAAAAGCGGAGAGAAAUCAUCUUGGAGUGAAACUCAAUGAAUGUAAUCAGUGUUUUAAAGUCUUCAGCACAAAAUCUAACCUUACCCAGCACAAGAGAACUCAUACUGGAGAGAAACCGUAUGACUGCAAUCAGUGUGGAAAGUCCUUCAGCAGUAGAUCUUAUCUUACCAUUCAUAAGAGAAUACAUAACGGGGAGAAACCCUAUGAAUGCAAUGACUGUGGGAAAACCUUUAAUGACCCCUCAUCUCUCAGAUUACAUGUAAGGAUUCACACUGGAGAAAAACCUUAUGAAUGUAACCAGUGCUUUCAUGUUUUUCGCACUAGUUGUAACCUCAAAAGCCACAAGAGAAUUCAUACGAGGGAGAAUCAUCAUGAAUGUAAUCAGUGUGGAAAGGCCUUCAGCACAAGGUCCUCCCUUACCGGGCACAAUAGUAUUCAUACUGGGGAGAAACCUUACGAGUGCCAUGAUUGUGGGAAAACUUUUAGGAAGAGCUCGUAUCUGACACAGCACAUGAGAACUCACACUGGAGAAAAACCCUAUGUAUGUAAUCAGUGUGGCAAAUCCUUCAGCAGUAGCUUUUCUCUUACUGUGCACAAGAGAAUUCAUACUGGGGAGAAACCCUACGAAUGCAGUAACUGUGGGAAAGCUUUUAAUAAUCUCUCAGCUGUUAAGAAGCAUGUGAGAACUCACACUGGAGAAAAACCCUAUGAGUGUAAUCACUGUGGAAAAUCUUUCACUACUAACUCUUACCUUUCUGUGCAUAAGAGAAUACAUAAUAGGUGGAUAUGAAUAUUCUAGUAACUAGAAUAUUUACUAGGAAAGCAUUCAUUGAUUCUUAUUCCUCAGACAACUUGCGACGAGUCAUGCUAGCUGUAUGAGUUACCUGUUGCUGCAUAACAGAUUUUCCUCAGAAACAUAGUGGCUUCAAACAACAGACAUUAUCUCACAAUUUCUGUGGGUCAGGAGUUCAGAAAUGGCUUAAUUUUGUAUCAGGCUCAGGAUCUCUCAUGAGGGUGCAGUCAGGAUGGUCACCAGGAGCUACAGGUAUCUGCGUUUUUAGUGCUGAUGGAUGUCCUUCCAGAGUGCCUCACUCACAGGCUGGGCAAGUCAGUGCUGGUUGCGAGUGGGGAACUUUGACUUCCUUACCACAUAAGACUCUCCAUAGGCCUAAGUAUAUUUAUGAUGUAACAACAGGUUCCCCAAGAGCAUUUGACCUAAGACAGAGCUAAUGCUGAAGCCAGGUUGUCUUUUAAUACCUAGCCUUAGAAGGACAUGCUAUCACUUCUUCUAUAUUGUAUCGGACACACAGACCAAUUCUGAUACAGUGGGCGGAGACUACACAGGUGUGUAUAGUAGGAGAUCACCGGGAACCACCUGAGAAGCGAGCCAUGAAAUCAAUGAAGAAAGGCCUUCAGCCUUUCGAUCUCUUUGAUAUGAAGUAUUCAGUAACUCUUAUGUCAAUUCACUCUAGAGAAAAACCUCAUAAAUGUGAUCUGCGAUAAGCUUUCAGUGCAGACUCAGUCAUGUGCACAGAAAAUUUUGUGUUGGGGAGAAACCUAGGGCGUAUGGUUGCUAUGGCACGGCCUUCGGUGAGCUCUGAGGAGUCAUGUGACAGUUCACGCUAAGGGGGAAAUCUUAUACCAGAAUACAGAAGCCUUCAGGCACACUCAUCCCUUAGAACACGUGCAAGCAGUCACUAUGGAGAAACACUCAGGUAAGGGAUGUGAAAAUCCUACACCGCCGUUACUUAUAUUACUGAGCAGAACACGAUGAGCUACUCUGAAUGUAAUGGGAAGCCUUAAACGCUCUCUCAAUUUUUAAGAGAUACGAGGGUUUAUUCUGGAGAUGAAGUCCCAUUAAAUAUCACCAGUAUUGGAAAGUCUUCCAUUUUUUUUCCCAUUCCUGAGAAAACAACUCACUGCAAAGAAAUCCAGGGAUGUAAAGAACAAGGGGCAUCUUCAGCGGUGCCUCUCAUAGCAGAGGAAGCAUGAAACUCUUCCCUGGAUGUGAAACCUGGGCGUGUGUUAACUUUGGAAGAUCUUUCAGUGAUUCUUGUCUUUGUUGACUUGUGAGAACUCACAUUAGAGGGAGACCCUAGGGAUAUAAUCAACACAGACAAAUGUCAGCUUCACCUCUUCACUGAGUGGCCACAAAAUAAUUUAACCUGGAAGUGAAAAUUGUAAAUGCGGAAAGUGUACUGUUACCUUUGACAGUACCUAAUCCUUAGGCUGAUCCAUUUGCUCAUUAAUUCUCAGUUUUGUUUUAGUAUAAACAUUUAUGUCUAUAGCUACACCCUAAAAUAAACCUGAAAUUAUGUUCCAUAGUUUUGUAUGUAACAUGUUUAUUAUCUACUUUUUAAAAAUAUCAGUACAUACUCAAAAAGGUAUUUCUGAAUAUCCCCUGAGUGAUUUAAACAUAAUGAAAGUUAGACUGUGUAUACACUAUAUACUUUUCUCUAAUUUAAUGACGUUUUUGUCAAGUGGACUUUGUGAUGUUGAUUCUUUAUCUUUCUUUCCUGGUAUCGAAUUUACUUUUAGCUUCUUUCCCAAUGUCCAUUCUCCCCCACUUACUUACAUAAAGAAAACAAACCAUUCUGUUUAAGUUGUCAACGAGCAAUAUUGAAAGCACUCAGUAUUAAAGGCUUUCCCGAAGCCCAGAUAUGUGUUGUCCUGGUCUGCAGGCCAUGAGAAGUGGUAGAAGUCACUGGGGAAACGUCAUCUGUCUUGUUUGCCUAUGUUUUAGUCAUCUGAACUAUUUUUUUCUCUUGAAAGUGGGCUUGGCCUGGAAUUGGAAGAGUUAGUUCUAUUUUGAUUAUGAUGACAAAAAAUGUAGCAAAAAAUCACAAAGAUAUGGGCUCCCCAAAAGCUUUGAUUGGCUGUGUUAACUCUGGACUGCUUAAUCUUAGAUUUUUCCUUAACAUGAUUAAAAGUAACCUCUAAGAGAGAGCCAAAGUGAUUUUUUUUGGGUUUAUUUUUCAGGUGGUGUUCUGUUAAUAUCCAGCUGAAUGCAAUAUCUAACUGGUAAACCUAUUGGUCCAACUUUAUAAAUGUUCUCUUUGUUUGAAAAUGUUGUGUAUUCUGUAAUUUUUGAAUGUAGGCUAUAUGUGCUUAUUAAAUCAAGCUAAUUGUGUUUUCCGAUAUAGUAUGCACAGAGUUUUUCCUCAAACUUAAUUUAGUGAUAGUCUUCCAUUUUGGUUAUAAAUUAAAAGAUUCAUUUUUGUAAUUUCGUCAUUUUUUUCUGUAUAUGUUUUGAUGUAAGGUAACUAAGCACAUGCAGCAUUAGUUUUUUUCUUGUGAAUUGUUUCUUUUACGUAGGGGCCAUAUUUUUAUAGCCACAUAUUUCACUACGUUAAUAAGUAAGCAUUUAUAUAGCCCUUCCCAUAUACUGGACACUUCUGAAUGCCUUAUGAAUAUUAAAUUUGAAUAUUCAAUAAAAGCUUAUGAAGUU